AUGGAACAAGCACGGGAAAUCGUGAAUAAUAUCCGUCGCAGGAAUGGGGGAAUUACAGAGGAGCAGCGAGCAGAAUUGGGAACCGACCUGACGGAAGUCUAUCAAAACCUACAAUCUCUAGCAGGUCGGUCUAUUCGCCACGUUGCCGAAGACUUAUACGACUCGGAUACUCGGUUUAUCUUUGAGCUAAUCCAGAAUGCCGAGGAUAAUCGCUAUGAGUCAGCGUUAAGUCGUAACGAGAGCCCAUAUAUCCACUUCACGUUACAUGAUGACCGACUGGUCAUUGACUCGAACGAGGAUGGCUUCAACGAGGAAGAUGUCCGCGCCAUUUGCAGCAUCCAUAACAGCAGCAAACCUCUGACUGGCGGUUAUAUCGGCCAUAAAGGGAUCGGGUUCAAGUCUGUUUUUAAGGUUGCUCAAAGGGUUCAGAUCCAAUCUGGACCUUUCUGUUUUUCCUUCCAGCACUGCCGCAAUGAGAGCGGAUUAGGCAUGAUAACCCCGUCGAAUCAAGAACACGAAGCUCUUCCCGAUGAGAAGAUUUCGACGCACGAGCCACAGAGCUCGCUGAAAUACCAGACACACUCCUCCUAUUUCUUCAGAAACUCCAAAAGAUUACAAUAA